GGUGCUGGCGGAAAUAACGAGAAUGAUGUACUGGACACGUUGAUUCGUGGGGUGGUAGGUAAAGGCGAGGGGAACUCUCUCUUAUGGUGGCAGGAAGAUGUGCUGGAAAUGGAGAAGAUGUGGCUGAGGGCAACUUCGACAGUGGUGGAAGGGAGACCACGUCCUUUGAAAGAAAGAGGUCACCUCAGAUGUUCUGGAAUGGAAAACCUCAUCCUGAGAACAGAUGUGCUGAAGGCGGAGGAAUUGAGAGAAGGAAGCACCAUUUUUUACAAUUGCCAAAGUGGGAAAGAGGAAUAGGCAAGAUAGCCGUGAGAGUCAGUAGGUUUGUAAAAGAAGUCUAACCAGAGGUGGAGACAGAGACAGAGAUGGAAAGCAAUAUGAGCGGUGGACCAAGUAAAUUUGAGGGCAGGGUGGAAGUUGAUGAAAUAGGCGGGCUCAGCAUGGGGUGUAGGAAGCAGCACUGACGAAAACCUACGAAAAUACAGGCCCUUGGCUACGCAUCUAAUUUGGAGAAAAUGGGAAGCGCCGAAAGAGAAAUGGUUGAAUGUGAAGGAGGAGGGGAGCUGUAAUGGUGGAUGAAGACUAUAGGUAGGGAGUGGACGUUGUAGGGCGUCGCGCACACGUUGUCAUGCACACGCCUGCAGGCGGGGGCGCUCCCACGGAUGGCAGCAGCCGAGCCGAGCCGAUCCCCCCCGGAGAGGAGCAGCCGCUCGAGCCCGGCGCCGGUUAACGGGCCGUUUGUCAUCACGGAGGCCGCCGACCGGGCCGAUCUCUGAGGGCUGUCGGCGGACGCAGCUUCAGCUGCCGGGGCCGCAGAACGACGACAUGAGGAUCUGGAGCUCGGAGCAUUUGUUCAGCCAUCCAUGGGAGACGGUCAUCAAAGCUGCAAUGCGAAAAUAUCCUAACCCCAUGAACCCCAAUGUAGUUGGAGUGGAUGUGCUGGAGAGAAACCUUGAUACUCGAGGGAGACUGCAUAGCCAACGCCUGCUUUGUACAGAAUGGGGAAUCCCCAGCAUUGUUAUGACUAUUCUGGGUACAAACAGGACCACAACAUACAUUAAAGAACAUUCUGUUGUUGAUCCAGUUGAACGAACUAUGGAACUUUGUUCUUCUAAUAUAACUCUUACAAAUUUAGUGUCAGUAGAUGAAAGAUUGAUCUAUCGACCUCAUCCUGAGAAUCCAGAAAAGACCAUUUUGACCCAAGAAGCUAUUAUUACUGUAAAAGGAGUUAUUCUAAGUAGCUAUUUGGAAGGAUUAAUGGCCAACACCAUUUCUGCUAAUGCAGGAAAGGGCUGCAAAGCUAUAGAGUGGGUAAUAAACAAGACAAAUGAGACUGAAGAACUAUCAGCAUCCGUCCGAGAGAAUAUAAAGUCAGCAACAACUGUAGCAGCUGCUGAAGAUUGAUGACCCCUGGUUGUGCCACACCUCUGACUUCUAUUCAGGAAAUUCACAUAGUAAUGUGUUCCGUGUUAUUUUAAAAUGUGAUGCCUUUUUAUUUGGAAAGACAUUAUAAGCUGCAAAAUUGACUUUGGAUGUAUCAAACAUUCAAGUCAUUAAAAUAAACAGCCAGCAGCCAAGCCUGUGAACGUGGGAUACCAAGAUUCAAAUUAUUUAUAGUAAGUUUUUGUUUUAUAGUGUCCUUUGUUUGACCAACAUCCAGUCAAUAACAGUUUACAAAGUGGCGUCUUUUGGUAGGUGUGUAUGUGUUUUUUUUUAAAGUAAUCUUAUCCUUGAAAUGCAACCAGAGGCAUGGACAAGCAUAUACACUUAAAGAAGUGUGCUGUUUGGCACCUAUUGCAUUGCACUGGAUUAAUACUUGACUGUGUAGUGGCUAGUGUUGAUGCCUUACAGCAGUGAGUUAACAAAAUGCUUAUGUUUCAGAAUGAUGAUACAAUCUCAUAAGUAAAAUUUAUUUUUAUCAUGAAGUUGGAAUUUGGUUGUUUAUCAUUAGUGGCAGAUAUUUGGAGGUUGGCCAGUUAGAAUUGCAUAGGCAUUCUACCAAUGUCUUGGUCCUAAACUAUAAAGAAAUAUGAAUUUGAAGUCAGCCUAGGUAUAUUGGCUGAACAAAAGUAUACUGACCAGUAAUUCAAUCACUUCAGCACAGCACUGUUACCAUGAAGAUGUAACACUAUUUUGUGAAAGGCAUGCAUGUCAUAGUUCCGGAUAUAUUUCUAUCAAAGCAGAACUAUUUACAAUUUUUGGGCAAAAGGAUUGCCAUACCAAUCAGCUUUAGGUAAAUUCUAGCUUGACAUUUGGACUAUUUUGCAUAAUUGUUUCUCAAAUAAUUUCAUUUUGUUCCAAUACAAUUAUUUAAAAAACAUUUAACAGAGGUUAGAAUGUUUUCUGAAUAUUUAUGUAUUUAAAUCCUGAUUUGUGCUUAAAAUACAGGAUAUUUUCUCUGAAAUACUUUGUGUUUUUUUCCAACAUUGUCAUGUAUUUAAAAAACUGAAAAUUCUUUAGAAUAGCAAGUUAAGGCAUAUUUUGGAGAAGUUAACUGAAAUUGAUUGUACUGUACCCAUGCAACCUGCAGCUGAUAAUUCUUGUGUAACUUAUAGCAUUAAAUCCACAUGUAUUCUGCUGGUCCUGAACAUGUGGAUCAGUGGAGAACAACUCA